UCCCCCUGUGUCCCCAGGGCCCUCCACGCUGCUCCUCGCUCCAGGCCCCCAUCAUGCUGCUCUCAGGGCAUGAGGGGGAGGUUUAUUGCUGCAAGUUCCACCCCAAUGGCAACACCUUGGCCUCUGCUGGAUUCGACAGGCUCAUCUUGCUGUGGAAUGUCUAUGGGGACUGUGACAACUUUGCCACCCUCAAGGGGCACAGCGGGGCCGUCAUGGAGCUGCACUACAACACAGAUGGCAGCAUGCUCUUCUCAGCCUCCACGGACAAGACCGUGGCCGUGUGGGACAGUGAGACGGGGGAGAGGGUGAAGAGGCUGAAGGGCCACACGUCCUUCGUCAACUCCUGUUACCCCGCCCGCAGGGGCCCCCAGCUCGUCUGCACCGGCAGCGACGACGGCACCGUCAAGCUGUGGGACAUCAGGAAAAAAGCAGCUGUGCAGACAUUCCAGAACACCUACCAGGUCCUGGCUGUCACCUUCAAUGACACCAGCGACCAGAUCAUCUCUGGAGGCAUCGACAACGACAUCAAGGUGUGGGACCUGCGGCAGAACAAGCUCACCUACACCAUGAGGGGCCACGCUGACUCGGUGACGGGGCUCAGCCUGAGCUCAGAGGGCUCCUACCUGCUCUCCAACGCCAUGGACAACACAGUUCGCAUCUGGGACGUGCGGCCCUUUGCCCCCAAGGAGAGAUGUGUGAAGAUUUUCCAGGGGAAUGUCCAUAAUUUUGAAAAGAACCUUCUGAGGUGCUCCUGGUCCCCAGAUGGCAGUAAAAUUGCAGGGGGGUCAGCUGACAGGUUUGUCUACGUGUGGGACACCACGUCCAGAAGGAUUCUCUACAAGCUGCCAGGCCAUGCUGGCUCUGUGAAUGAGCUGGCCUUCCAUCCAGAGGAGCCCAUCAUUCUCUCUGCAUCCAGUGACAAAAGGCUCUACAUGGGGGAGAUCCAGUGAAGCCAGUGGUGGGAUCCCUGGAUUCCAGCAGUGGGAUGAACUCUCUCCCCCUCGACUCGUGGCACUGGGGAACAUUGCAGCACCUCAGUGUGACAACCCGCCCUGGGCAGGUCUUAAAGUCUCACUGGGCAGCUUUUUCCACCUCCUCUUUCUUUGGGGAGGGAGGAAAACUUGGAAUUGAAAGGAAUUUAGUUUUGACUGUGCCACUGAUGAUUUAACCCUCACCCAGAUCCCUUGGAUUAGGUACCUUUUGUUUGAAGCCCAGACACGGCCUGGUUAUUCCCUGUCCAGUUCCCCUUGUGUUUUUUUUAUACAGUUAAAACUGCAAUAAAUGGCUUUUUACAGA